AUGAGCAGAACCUCGGUGCAGCUAUCACUCCCGAGCACAUCUCACCAUGCCAUUAUAAGUCCUCUACCUACAGCAAACUCCGGACGUCUCGUGGCGCCUGCAUUGGUUGGCUCUAAUAAUGGAUCACAAAUGGAAUUGGUUCAAAUUCCUCAAACGGCUGAAAAUAUCCCCAAUAAUGAGGGGACACGGCCUGGCCGUAUGUCCAAAGGAAUGGCAGCCGUGAUAAUCAUCUCAGCGUCAAGCAUGGUUUUCAUGAACUCGGUUUUAAACGGCAUGUUGACAGUAGGAUUGCCAUCAAUUGCUCGGGAUACCAAUUUGCCCGACAGUCUCAUGCUAUGGCCAGCAUCGGUUUUCGGCCUGACUUGUGGCUGCACGCUUCUGCUCUCAGGGUCCAUCGGGGAUCUUAUCGGCAGCCGCACCGUCUACCUCACAGGUAGCCUUUUGCUUGCCGCGUUCACUUUAGGCUGUGGCCUGGCAAGAACCGGUAUCCAGCUGAUUAUGUUCCGCGCGAUUUCCGGAAUCGCCAUAUCGAUGUGCCUACCCGCUGCUGUUAGCAUUAUUACCACCUCAUUCCCCACGGGCAGGGGGAGAAAUAUUGCUUUCGGCUGUCUGGGCGCUGCUCAACCACGAUAUGGGUUUUACAUUGUCACUUGUGCCACCGCCCCGUUCUUUCUCCUUGCCCUCUGGGGAAUUCCCAAAGAUCCUCGCAAAACAGCCCCUGUUACACGCCAACGCUUAGUCUCUGAAAUUGACUGGGUAGGAAAUGUUCUCAUAUGCGCCUCUCUCGGAAUGUUCUCCUACAGCUUCGCUAUAAUGUCUGGCGGCAUAAAGUCUCUCAUCCGUCCCGGGAAUCUAGUUGUCCUCAUUCUAUCCGCCCUCUUCCUCGUCGCCUUCAUACACUGGGUAAUCCGCCAAGAAUCCCUCAACCGCGUCGCCCUAAUCCCACCGUCCCUCUUCCGCUCCACCCAAAGUAGCCCCAACCGCGCCCGCAACUUCUCCGCAGUCUGCAUCUCCGUCUUCUUCACUUGGGCCAUCUUCAACGGCCACCAAUACUUUACAACCCUCUACUUCCAAAAGGUCCAACACCUCUCCUCGCUGGAAACAUCCGCCCGCUUCGUCCCCAUGAUCGUCUCCGGCGCCCUCGCGAACAUAAUCACAGGCCUCGUCGUCGGCCGCAUCCGCGCUGAUAUCCUCUGCGUCGGCACUGCGGCUGUUUCAGCCAUCGCACCGCUCCUAAUGGCCUUCGCUGACCCGUCGUGGUCCUACUGGACAGCGGCGUUCAUUGCGACAGGAGCAAUCCCGAUAUUGGCAGAUACUCUCUUUACAAUUUCCAAUCUCGUGAUCACGUCUAUUUUCCCGCCGAAGACGCAUGGGUUGGCUGGUGGGGUGUUUAAUACCAUCUCGCAGAUUGGGAUGUCAGUGGGGCUGGCGGUGACGGCGGUUAUUUCUAAUGCAGUGACGGAGGAUGAGAGACGACAGCUUGCGAGUGGUGGUAAGGUUGGCCUGGGCCAUGAUGAAUAUGCCUUGUUGAAAGGGUAUAGGGCCACGUACUGGACAUUGUUCGGGGGGAGUGUUAUUAUUGUCGCGCUGACUUGGUGGGGAUUGAGGCGUAUUGGGAAGGUUGGCCUUAAGACAGAGUGA